AUGAGCGGAAAAAGCUUAGUUGAUGCUGGCCUCCAGCGGGAAGCCGAGGCACUAUUCUCCAACACAGACGAAAUCCUCAUAGCUGCUUUUUGUGUUUUAAAAGUUAGGCAGCAGGGAGAAUCUACGGGAGCGCAGCUGCUGAAGGCUCUCGGCGGGAAGACCUUUCUCGCCAAGGAAGCCCCCCAGCCGCGGCUGCUGUGUCUCACCGUUCGCCGCAGCAAACAGUCCCGCAGCUUUAAACCCAUACUCCAUACCUGCAAACCCGCCGGCGAGCACGCCACCACCGGGUUUCCGCCGCCACCACCGUCGGUUGUAACAGCGGCAGGCGGCGGCGGAGGGGGAGCAGGCAGCAGCACGGCCGCGACCGCGGCAGCCACCGCCGCCGUCGCGGCUAGCAAAUCCCACCCCCUCAAAAGCAUUACGGAGAUUGUCGUACCGGCCUACAAGUACGAACACAAUCCCGUACAUCUGCUGGAGCUGCGUUUUAGCGACAGCGGCAGUUACAGCACUCGCGGUGAGGUGGUUAAUCAGUUUAAGUUCCGGAGCCACGAGGAGUUACAGCUGGUGCUGGCACUGUUGGUUAACCUCCUCAGGCAAUACAGCAGCAAGCUCCCGCGCUUCACGGGUGCCGAUGUGGGGGAGGUGGAUACCUGGUGGCUCAGUCACCAGGGAGGGGUGUUGCCGGCUCUGGGCGCCUUCGCGAGGGAGGUGCUGCUGCCGGGCGGAGGAGGAGGUGCUGGGGGGGUUGGGGGCGGCGGCGGUGGCGGCGGCGCCCGUGUAUUGCUGAGCGCUAAGGAGGAGAGGGAUUUGGAGGAGCUGUUGGAUAUGUUCGCGAUGGGGGUGGGGGAUGUGGCGGAGUUUGAGGAGCGGCUGGCGGCGGAACACGAGGCGCUGGAGGCUGCCAACGUGCACUCCAUUAUGGUGGCGGUGCCGGCGGCGGAGGCGGUGGUGGCGCAGAUACGCAAGACCCAGGGGCUGCUCGAGGACCUGGACGAGUACCUCACCGUGUUCGACACCAAGCUGCGCCACAUGCGUGAGGACAUAGCCGCCAUAGAGAGCUCCAACAACAGCCUGGAGCUGCAGAGCAGGAACAACACACGACUGCUCAACACACUGCAGGGGUUGCUGUCCGAUCUGCGGCUACCGCCGGACGCGGAGGCGGCGCUGGAGUCCCCCCCGUUUGGAAAAGACAGUCGCCUGGUCCUCAUCACUCGAGCCGCCUGGCAGCUUGCGUCCAAGCUGAGGCGCCUGGACCCCUCCGCGCCGGGCUGUCUGUCGCUCUACUUGCUGCAAAUGCGGGUGGCGCAGGAGGCCCGUGAGGCUCUGGAGUCUCUAGCUUCCCGCUUCGUGACCCGAGCUCUGGCCCACCUGAAGGCCGUGUUCAAUGCGAGUGUGGAGGAGGUGGUGGCGGCACUGGCGGCGAACACGGACAAGGCUUCCCGACUGGCGCCCCCAUCCCACGACCGCCUUCGCUCCGCCAUGAGCCGCCACAGCGAGCUGGUGCGAGUGGUGGCAGCCCUAGACCCCGCGGCCAUGGCCCGACUACACGCCGCGUACUGCCAGCCCAUGAACAUGCUGUUGCGGAAGGAGCUUCGUGUCAGUGUGGCGGAGCUUCGGAAGGCGGCCUCCCUGGAUAUGCAGGCCAACCCCAUUGACUACAGCCUGACCAGCAGCAGCAUGGCGAAGGCUGCGGGGGUGGCUGGCAGUGUGAUGGGCAGCAGGGGCCCGGGGGGCAGCGUGGUGAGUGAGGGGGGAGGGGAGAGGAGAGGAAGGGGAGGGGGAGGGGGGGGAAAUCGAGGGCGGUGGAGCGGCGGCGGAUAUGACCCCCUCAACAUGGCCAUACCUCUGCAUGAGGCCUGGCAGGGGCUGCUGGAGGGCUACCUGCCGCACCUGCUGGCGGAGGCGGAGGGGGCGGCGGCCUUCCUGAUGCUCAGAAAGCGAGAUAUCAAGGGCGCGGAAGGGACGGGGAGGGGGCGUAAGAAGAAGGGCCGUCGGCGAGUCGAAGAGGAUGCAGCGGGGCUUGCCGGCGUCAGUGGCGGCGGCGGCGGCGGCAUUGGCGGUGUGACGGCGCUGCCGCCGCCGCCACUGCCGGCGGGAGGUCCGCUGACGCGCGAGGGCCGCACGGUCGAGGAGGCAAUGCUGGCGGGUGUGGAUGCGGAGUUCAUGGCCCUGGUAGACCUGACCGCCAAAUCGCACCAAGUGCUGUGUCUGCCCAUGAUGUCCAUGGCGACUCAGUGCAUCAAUGCCCUCGCGACCCGUGGGUCAGUGGCGCUGCCGCUGCGGCUGGUGCUGGCUGCCUGCCAUGCCCGGCUGCGGUCUCACUUUGGCCGUUUCGUGGAGCACCAGCAGGCGGCAGUCGAGAGCUAUGGAGUGAAGCUGGCGGCGUCUGGGAGUGCCAAGUCCCACCACGUGGUCAACUUCAUCGCCCAGUUCGCCCUCAUGGCGCACCACAUGGAGGUCAUGCUCACCUACAGCAUCGACGCCCUCCUGGCGCAGCUGUCCGGAGGCGCCGCCGCGGCGGCGGAAGAAGGCGGCGGCGGUGGCGGCGGUAGCUCCGUGACCGCCAGACCCGCCGGUGCAGGCGCCGCCAGGUCCACUGGCACUGGCGGUGGCGGUGGUAGCGGUAGUGAUGCGGAGGACGAGGUGGAAGAUGAGGAGACUUCCCGACGGCGGCAGCUUCUACAGACGGCGGCGGGUUGGCAGGUCCGCCAGGAGGUGGAUGCUAUUUAUGCUAAGCUGGUGGGCCUUAUGUUCGCCUCCCUAGAGCGAAUCGCGGCUGCCGACUCCAAGCACGGUGACCGCCUGCGUGCCGAGAACUACGCAUAUUUCGUGGAAGCGGUACGGCCGCUGGUACGGCAUGUGGCAGCGCUGGAGCCGUACAUGGUGCAGGCGGAGACCAAGCAGGAGGAGGCAGUUCAGCGCUACGUGGCGGCCCAGCUGCAGUACACGGCGCUUUGGCGGCUGCUGGAGGCGAGUGAGCGGAUCGACCAGCUGCUGCAGGUGGUCAGUCCAGGGGAGGUCGCGUACCAGGCGGACUUCUCGGCGGGGGAGAUGCGGAGCCUCAUCACGACGACCAUGAAGGAUGUGGAUAAGAAGGUCCAGAAGAUGUACGCACGCGUCAAGAAGCACCUGGGCAACACAAACCUGUCGUUCCGAGUUUGGGAGCGAAUUCACGAGCAACUCAUCGAGAGGUGCAAAAUCAGUGAUGAUUUGCACACAGUGGUCAAUCCCAAACGUUUCAGCAACGUGUGCGGCACAGUGCCGAUACUCGGUGCAUCCAGCAUCUUUAGCGCAUAAGUACUCACAACAGCACACGCGGAAUACCAGGCUGACACGCGACGUCCCUCCAUGAAAGCAGCACACACCCUCUGUCCACCCACUGACCUGUGCACCCGCCAUUGCAACCAGUAUUAAAUUCAUCCAGUAGUAUGCGUGAGCAUACAGCAAAAUGAACAGCAAAAUGAACAAUACAAGCUCAUACGCUCAAGGCCCCAUACUUGUCCUCCCAGCUAUUGAUGCAGCCGGACGGGGAGCAUUCAUAGCACAGGAAGUCCGCAGCUGCGUUUAGCCAUUUGAGAAUUCACGCACUCUUGAGGCGCGCUCUCAACUUGGGUAGACGGUUUUGGAGACAAUCGCGAUGUGAUGGCAGCGGUUUCACGCUGUUGACGGACCGGCGUGCUUCUUGACGAGGGCCUUCAGCUUCUCAUUAGAAGCGCCAACAAGCUCAUCAACCUUGGCGCCAUUCAC